AAAAAGAACAUAAUGAGGAAUGGGAUAAGCAGUGUCAAAAAAAGGGAAUUGGGAAGAAAAAAAGGGAACAGACAAGAGUCAAUGCAUAAUUAAUAAGAAUUAGCAUGUGUUCGUGAUGUUUAGGGGAGGACUGAUAGUUCAGAAGAAAAAUGGCAAAUACCCAGUUAUACAAGUUUUAAUACGACAUCGCGGGCCAGCACAAAACCCGCAUAAUAGGGUGACGAGAUAGCUAGACAUUGAGCCUUAAUUUUCACCACUGUAUAACUCUCCCGCAUCACACACACCGAGAUAAUAAUGAUAACAUGAAGUUUUAUUUUGCUCUGAGGCGUGUAUAAAGAAAAGAGGAAUAGCUACUGCAUAAAAAAUAGAAAGAAAGAAGUGCAGAGAUUUAAUGCUGCCAAACUUUUCAUAAAAUUCAGGACUCUUUGGGACUGAGAUUAUUAUAUGGCACCUUUGAGUAGACCAUCGUCCAUUUUUCUUCCACCUGCUCCUCCUUUGCCUUCCACUCCACUACAUAACCACUUUUCCUUCCCUUGUUCCACCUGUCUUCCAUAUCCUUAUCUACUUCUCCUCCACCUGUCUUCCACACCAUCUACUACUCAUCCACCUACAUUCAAGACCAUCAUCCACUUUCUUCCACACUAUUAUAAACUUUUCUACCUACUCUGCUUUUCCACAACACCAUCUCCUCCACCUAUCUUCCACCCCAUGAUCCACCUUUACUCCCACCUUUCCUCACCCGCCAGGCCCAGAACAGCGAGUGGCAGAUCAAGGCAACAAGAAGGGAGGGAGGGGAGAAGUGUUGGUCUCUUUAUUGUAUGUAUGAUGUAUGUGUGUAUGUGCGUGUAUGUACAUUGUUGUCAUGGUUGUCUGACUUGAAGGGAAAGAAAGAAUUAGUGGUCUUUUUAGUGUGUGUGUAUGUAUGCAUGUAUGUGUAUGAAUAUGUGUAUGUAUGUAUACAGUUGUGGCUGUGUCUUGAAGGAAAAGAAAGAGUUAUUGGUCUUUUUAGUGUAUGUGUAUUGUACGGUUGUUUGUGUUUUCUGUUUUAAAUCUCGGAUGUAGAAUAUUGAUAAUCUUUUCAAUGGGUAACUAAAAGAAAUGCAUUAAACAAACCCAUAUUUCGUGUUUUAUUUUAGUGAAGCGCAUCAUUGUUCUUUCCCAAGCUAAGGACAUAGUACUUUGAAACAAAACACAUGUCACAUUUGCUGCAUAGAGGAUGUGACGGUCAAAUAACGUGAAAGUGUUGUUUUGUGUGAUAUACGGAGACAGGUAACGAGUGUUUUUUUUACACAAACAAAUAAAAAGCUAGUAGUUAGGGCAUUGAAAAAUUCAAUAAAUCAAUAAAUUUGUCAUGAGAUGUUUUAUUACGUCCCACUGCCACUCAGCGAGUGAUGAUGGCGGAAUCUUUACAUAAAUGACUCAGCCCGAGAGAACUUUAAGAUGGCGGCUGUGGCCUGCAGGAUUCCUACCAAGCUAGUACAGAGAAAACCAAUCCAGUUAUAUUAGAGAUCAGAGGUUAGAUCCCUGAACUCCAACCCCAGCAUUUUGUACUUGUUCUUUACAUUGUGUCUAUAAUAUGUACAUUCUAAGCUUAGCGGCUGGUAAGGCCAAAUACACUGUUUAUUACUGCUAUUAAUGCUCACCCACACACUUGACCAAUAAGCCCCGGCCACAAUAGCCAGCCCAGCAGUCACCAAAAAGAUCAGACCUUUCACAGGACCCACCAACCACAUGCAGCCAAAGUUGGAAAGUGAAUAAUAGAUCAUGCUGUCACAUUUGUUCCAAUAAAUGAUUAUUUUCUGCUCUCUGUGCUACACACAGUCACACGCCCCUCUAACACCACCACAACAAACACUUGCGCUCCCCCACACAGCAGAACUGAAUCAGCACAGAGCCUCAGCAGGGGAAGUGGACCUUCAUGUGCUUGGCAAUUUCACCCUUAGUCAUGAAACGUUUAUCACAAACAUCGCACUUGAACCCUUUAUGGCCAGAGUGUCUGAAGAUGUGCUGGUUCAAUGCACUCUUCUGUUUGAAUCUUUUCCCACAAACUUCACACUCAUGAUUUCUUUCACCAGUGUGUGUAAGGGUGUGUGUGUUAAGGUGACUCUUCUGAUUAAAACAUUUCCCACAAACUUCACACUCAUGAUUUCUUUCACCAGUGUGUGUAAGGGUGUGUGUGUUAAGGUGACUCUUCCGAUUAAAACAUUUCCCACAAACUUCACACUCAUGAUUUCUUUCACCAGUGUGUGUAAGGGUGUGUGUGUUGAGGUUACUCUUCAGACUGAAACAUUUCCCACAAACUUCACACUCAUGAUUUCUUUCACCAGUGUGUGUAAGGGUGUGUGUGUUAAGAUGACUCUUCCGAUUAAAACAUUCCCCACAAACUUCACACUCAUGAUUUCUUUCACCAGUGUGUGUAAGGGUGUGUGUGUUGAGGUUACUCUUCAGACUGAAACAUUUCCCACAAACUUCACACUCAUGAUUUCUUUCACCAGUGUGUGUAAGGGUGUGUCUGUCAAGGUGACUCUUCCGAUAAAAACAUUUCCCACAAACUUCACACUCAUGAUUUCUUUCACCAGUGUGUGUAAGGGUAUGUGUGUCAAGGUGACUUUUCUGAUUAAAACAUUUCCCACAAACUUCACACUCACGAUUUCUUUCACCAGUGUGUGUAAGGGUGUGUCUGUCAAGGUGACUCUUCCGAUUAAAACAUUUCCCACAAACUUCACACUCAUGAUUUCUUUCACCAGUGUGUGUAAGGGUGUGUCUGUCAAGGUGACUCUUCCGAUUAAAACAUUUCCCACAAACUUCACACUCACGAUUUCUUUCACCAGUGUGUGUAAGGGUGUGUCUGUCAAGGUGACUCUUCCGAUUAAAACAUUUCCCACAAACUUCACACUCAUGAUUUCUUUCACCAGUGUGUGUAAGGGUAUGUGUGUCAAGGUGACUCUUCCGAUUAAAACAUUUCCCACAAACUUCACACUCAUGAUUUCUUUCACCAGUGUGUGUAAGGGUAUGUGUGUUAAGGUGACUCUUCCGAUUAAAACAUUUCCCACAAACUUCACACUCAUGAUUUCUUUCACCAGUGUGUGUAAGGGUGUGUGUGUUAAGGUGACUCUUCUGAUUAAAACAUUUCCCACAAACUUCACACUCAUGAUUUCCUUCACCAGUGUGUGUAUGGGUGUGAUGUUUGGGGUUACUUUUAUAACUAAACCUUUUGCCACACUGACGGCUUUUGUGAGGUCUUACACCAGAGUGUGUGGGUGUAUUUGUUGAGGUCAUCCUUCCCUGCAUGUCUUUUCCCACACUCUUGGUUGUAGCUAGUAAACUUGCUCUUACUCUCAGAUCUUCUCACACUUCUGAAAUUCAAACUUCCCCCUUUGUGGAUGAGAUGCCAGCAGUAGCUGCUGUUGUUGUUAGUGGUGUUUCUGAUCACUCCUGAACCUCACACCAGUAGCAGUCUGUUCCUGCUGAUCCCAGCCACUCCAGCUGCUGCCCUGCCUUGCAGCCUCCACUGCAACACUGCUCCAGGUGGGAGGAGUCAGCUGGCCUUGCAGGAUCCUCAGAGAUGCUGGAGCAGGCAGCAGCAAGGCUCCUACAGAGCCACACUCAGGGACCAGUCAAGCAGGUGUAACAGUCCAAAAGUGUAAUGAGUGAAUGAGUAUGGAAUGCAAGUGAGUGAAUGAUUAUAUAUUAAAACAAACGAGCAAGUGAGCGGAUGUGUGGACAGGUGAACGAGUGUGUGAUAAGUAGAGAUUACUGGCAUGAAUGAGGGUGUGAAUGGAUGAAAGACGUGUCUGAAAUCCUCACCUCCAAUCUCGAACCCUAGAAUGUUUAUUAGUUAGCUAGUGAUAGAUUAUCUAGUAAUGCAGAGAGGGAGUCACGUGAAGAAGGGGGAGGAGCUUAGCGAGGAGACGAGACGAGAAGGCAAGGCAGGGCGAGAGUGAGAGGCAGAGAGCGGGACCGACGAACCGUGAGGACACACGUGUGAGAGGUUGGCGUGACCGUCCAUCACAGCCCUGUGAACACCACCAACCACCACAAGCACGGCAAAGGCGAGGCAAGGCACAGCAGAGCAGAGCAAGGCAAGGCGGAGCAAAGCACGAUUUGGCAAGGCGAAACAAGGAGAGGAGCAGCACCACAACACGCCUCAGCCCAUAACCACAUCCUCAGCCUCUGCAAUCACGCUCAGCCCAUAAACACAUCCUCGGCCUCUUCUUCAAUCACGCUCAGCUCAUAACCACCUCCAUGGCCUCUUCAACCACGCCUCAGCUCUUAAACAACACAACCCCGGCCUCGUCAACAACGGUGCUACAAUUACCGGCCCUGGCAGUCUACACCCGCCGGCGCCUCACUCGCCCCAGUGCCUUCCUCCAUCCUGCACCAGUCAUCACUUCAAGGGUCUUCAAUACAGAUAAGCAUUCCAGUUCCCCAAUCUCCCUGAUAGAUAGUUAGUUCGGUUCAAUAAUAUUCAUUUAUGUAUGUAUUCAUUUAAAAAUGUCACUCCGCUAACCGCUCAGGGGCUCUAACUAUAUUCAUAUACAAGAAAAGUUAUUAAGUUACUCUAAGUGCUAUAAUUUCAAGCCUGUCAACCUGCUAUUUGGGCAUUACUGAACACCCCCCCACCUCCACAUGCACGUUAGUGAAUUAUCACCACUCCCCCCUUAACUAAACAUUGUCUCAGAGUGGUUCACACGGGAAUCCACCCACCUUCCAUCAUUACCGCACUAAAGGUAACCAUCACAACCCAGAACAAGUGUGCACUUGUCCUGAGGCUCUUCUCAACAUCAAUGACAACCGCUCGGAAAUAGCCAGACAACCACCCCGCUACCAUGUUACAAUCAAAUCAGUGGCCGUCAGAAGGAAUGUAGCGUUGCCUUGAAAAAAAAAGGCGUUACACAGGCAAGGCGUGCGAUGCACCAAGGAGUCCUGAAGUCAGCGGCAGCAAGGACGGAGGAGGCGCUGACCACAGCACCUAUCCCACGGCCUCACUCAACGCCAGCACCAGUGGUGGCCGCUGGGACACAAAGUCGUGC